GCAGAAGAAAAAGCCAAGAAAGCAAUCACAGAUGCAGCAAUGAUGGCUGAGGAGCUUAAAAAGGAGCAGGAUACUAGUGCUCACUUAGAGAGAAUGAAGAAGAACAUGGAGCAAACCAUCAAAGACCUCCAGAAGCGACUGGAUGAAGCAGAACAAAUAGCUCUGAAAGGUGGCAAGAAACAGAUCCAGAAACUGGAAUCCAGGGUUCGUGAGCUGGAGAAUGAACUUGAGGCCGAACUCCGUCGCAACUCAGAUGCCCAAAAAGGAGCCCGCAAGUUUGAGAGACGCAUAAAAGAGCUGACUUACCAGUCAGAAGAGGACAAGAAGAAUCUUGCCAGGAUGCAGGAUCUGAUUGACAAGCUACAAUUAAAAGUGAAGAGUUACAAGCACCAAGCAGAGGAAGCUGAAGCUCAAGCCAAUCUGUACCUCUCCAAGUACAGAAAACAGCAACAUGAUCUGGAUGAUGCUGAAGAAAGGGCUGAAAUUGCUGAAUCUCAAGUAAAUAAGCUGAGGAGCAAGUCAAGAGAUAUUGGCAUGAAAAAGGUUCAUGAAGAGGAGUAA